CGGGUCCACUUGUGUCCCGUCGCAUUCCAACUGGUUCAUCCUCCUACCCACCCGCCACGCUCCCACGCACUCCACGCUCCUCCACUUCCGCUCGUUUCGCGCCGUUCUGCACCAUUCUGCUACGUCACCAGCAAGCUGCUUGCGCAGGUGUUAGUGAUUUCGGUUUGAGCCUUCUCGAAUCGAAGCUGCCAGCUCCCACACCUCUCCUCCCAUGCAUCGCGUGCGCCACUCGCGCUCGUCUCGUCUGCUGCGCCUCGUCGCCCUGCGCCAUGCCACCCCCCGCCUAGCCGCGCCGGAGCGCCAGAUCAGGCCCGCCGCGACUGGCGGAGAUUGGACGGCGCUCGCACGGGGAGAAUCUGCCGACGGGCCGGGAAAAGGUGUUUUCUGGCCGGCAGGUAGCUUCCACCGGCCGUUAGACAGAGCGUACCGAUCGGCUCACGACGGCCGCCACCAGUUCGUGAUAAGAUCCGAGCCGUUAAGUUCGAGCCGCAGCAGAGUUGGGGUCAGAUCCGAGCCGUUAAGUUCGAGCCGCAGCAGAGUUGGGGUCAGAUCCGAGCCGUCGAUCUCUUCCAGGACUGCAUUCGUCGAUUUUUUCAAACGAGAUGUCUCUUAUAGGGUCGCGCGAUCUGGAUCGGCAUGUUCCGCCAGCUGUCAUACAGUCAGCCGUUGUGAUCUCCACGUAGGACGUUUCGCCGACGCACAGCCGGAGAUCCGUGGCCAGGCUGUCAGACAGCCAGGCGUUGUCACGCUGCCCGCCACGUCAUCAUCACCCGCCCAUCUGUACCGCUCUGCACCGCGUCAACCUCCUCUCCCUGGGCUCUCCUUCCCGCGCCUGUCGCCGCUCGUCCUCGAGCACCCACGUCCCUUCAGCACCAAGAUCGGCGGCAAUGACGGCGGCAGUGGCGGCGGUGGUAGCGGCGGCAACGGUGGUCGGCCAAUCAGGGAUGGUGCACAGACAGGGUCAGACGCAGGAUCGGACACGGAUUCGGACUCUGGCUCGGAUUUAGGCUCGGAUUUAGGUUCGGACGACGUGUCGGUGGGCGUGCUGGAGGGGGUGGUGGAGGAGGCGCGGCGGGCGUACGGUGAGAGGCACGAGCUGGUGGCGGGACUCAGGCUGCGGCUGGCGCAGGCGUACCUGGCGCAGGGCAGGGACGCGGGGGAGGUGCUACCUGUGGUGGAAAAGGCGUGGGAGGUGUUCAACGAUGUUGCCAUCGAGGGGGACCCAGUGCGAGCCAUGUGCCUUCAUCUCAUGGCCGCAUGCCAUGCAAGGCUCGGCGACCCAGAGGAGUGCCUCUCGCUCCUUGUACAGUGUGAGGCGGCGUUGGAAGCAGCCAAGAAGCUUCAGAGCCUUGCACGGGAGCAAGAACGGACUGGAAGGGCACAGGAGAUGGGGCCAGGGGGAGGGGCGAGUGGAGGUUUGGAGAGUGGAGGAUUGGAGAGUGGAAGAAAAGAGAAUGGGAGAAAAGAGGGUGUUGAUGGGGGAGAGGAGGAGGAAGCAGCAGCAAUAGCGGCACAAGGGGCGGCAGAUGCGAUUCAUAUGGUGGGGUUUGCCAUGCACAUGCUCAGAGCUGACGUCAGCAGUGCCACGGGGGACAUGGAAUCUGCAAUGAGGGCAUACAGGACCGCUCUACAGCUGCAGGAGGAGGCACUGGGUGCAGACGACCCACGAGUAGCAGACGCAUUGCAGCACGUGGGGGAGGAGUGUGCGCGGCACAUGCAGCUAGACGACGCCCAUGACAUGGCGACAAGAGCCCUGCAGCUGCAUGAGGCGCACAGGAGGAAGGUGGAGGAGAGGAUGGGAGGGGAGGAGGGGAGUGGGGGGGAGGGGAGAGGUGGGGAGGGGAGAGGUGGGGGAGGGGAGAGUGGGGAGAGAGGAGGGAUGGAAGGGGAGGAGUUAAGGGAGAGAGUGAGGGAGGAGUUGGAGGGGAGGGGGAGGGAGGAGGUGAGGAGGGAAUAUGAGGAGGCUGUUAUGAAGGAGGUGGCAGACCACCGACUCCUAGCAGCAGUGUAUGCGGGUCGGGGCGACGCCUCUCCGGCCGUCCACCACCUGUCAGCAGCAGCCGCCCUUCUCUCUUCCCUCCUCUCCUCCCCCUCCCCUCCGCCCUCCCUCUCCCCCCUGGACCUCGCCUCUGUGCACCUCGCCACUGUCGACAUCAUCCUUCACUCGGGGCUCCUGCAAGGGGGGGAGAGUGGGGAGGGAGAGGCGGAAGUUGAUAGCAAAGAGAAAAUGAACAGGGAAGAGGGAGGGGAAGGCGGAGGGGAAGCGGGGGAGAGAAGGGGAGAGGAAGGAAGGGGAGAGGAAGGAGGGGGGGAGGAGGCGGUGGACAUGGCGGUGUUGGCGCUGGAGGCGUUGAGGGAGAGCGCUGCGGUGCAGGAGGGGGAGCUUGGGAAGGAACACCCUGCCGUGGCGAGGACGCAUGCGCUGGCUGCUGACGUGUACUGGCAGAUAGGGCAGGCGGAGGAAGCUGAGGCAGUGAGCAAGAGGGCGAUGAAGGUGCUAGCAGCCAUGCCAGCAGUUCAUCAGCGGAGCGAUGAGGCGGCAGCAGCUCUCUCCCACGUGGCACUGCACCUAAAGCGCACUGGGCGGAGUGAAAUGGCCGUGGCUCCUUUGCAGAGGGCGCUGAGCAUCAGAAAGGAGCAUCCCGACCACCUGCUGCAGGCCGUGGGCACGGCAACGGACCUCGCCUCUCUUCUCCUCUCCCUCAAGCGCCCGAACGAAGCCCUCCCUAUCCUCCUCUCCGCCCUGCCCUCCCUCCGUUCCUUCCUCGGCCCCUCCCACGUGGCCUCCCUCCCCCUCCUCUCCCUCCUCUCCGCUGCCCACUCCUCUCUGGACCAAUGGGGGGAUGCCGCUGGGGUGGUGGGGGAGAUGUGGGAGGUGGUGCGGGGGGAGGGGAUGGAGGCGGUGAUGGCGGAUGCCAUGAGGGGCGAUGAGGCAGCCAUUGGCAUGUGGAUUCCCCUGGCUGACGCUCUUGGCAGUGAGGAAAGGUUCCGCCUGUUGCAUCAGGCAGUGGAGCAACAGGCAGUGGAGCAACAUGCAGUGGAUCAAGCGGCUAAAGGCGAGGAGGCAGGGGGGGAGGCAGCGGCGAGGGCUCGGUGGCUGGAGGUGCUGAGGGAGAUGGCAAUUAUCAAUAGCGGCUGAUUCUCCACUUGAAGAAUACUGUAUGCUAUGCAGUCCUACUAAAAAAAUCACAGUGAA